AUGAAAAGAAUAUAAAUCCUUUUGCCUUCAUUUGCCAUGUAUGCUCUUAUUUAAUUUUUUUUAGACUAAUAGGAAUAAUUAUCCUCAUCACUAGAAAAAAGUCGGAUGCAUAUAUGAAAUUCCUAGGUUUUGCGGCCAUUUUUUCAGGAUUAGGGUAAAAAUUUAAAUUUAUUGUUUUAGAGUAUUUAUGUACAGCUCUAAAGCAAUAUUAUUAUCGAUGGUAUAAUGUUUAAUACUAACAAUAGUAUCAAAAAUUUAUUCAAGACGAAGUUAACAUCUAACUAUAAUAGCCAAAGAAGCUUAACUAAAAGUAAUAACAAAAAAAGAAGUCAUAAUACAAAAAUGAUUAAUCGAUAAAAUAACAGCACCAAUAAAAGCAACAAUUGAGAUAAUCUGAAUAACAACAAUAAGUUGAAUCAGAUUCUCAUUAAUCAUCAGAAGAAGAUUCUUAAGAGGAAGAAUUUAAGCAAAUUGAAUUAUAAAAAUAAGCAGAGUUAGAAAAGCAAAAAUUGUUGUAAUCUGAAUAAAGUGCUAAAUAAUCAAAGCAAAAAAAAAUAGAAGUAGAAAAAUAAAAAUAGGUAUCAUAAAAAGAAGAUUUGAUAACUUAAAGUUAAUAACAAUAAAAGGAAAAGCCUUCAAAAGAAAAGACAGUAUAUUUUACUUAUUAUUAUAGAACCCUGAAAUUCAAACUAACUAAGACAAAAGAAAGAAAUAAAAAUAAGAAAAGUAAAAAUUUAGAGUAGAAAUUGAAGAAGAUGAGAAUGAUGAAGAAUGGGUUGAAGUUGGAAGUAAGAAAAAGCCCGUUACAUAGUAGUAAUAAAAAGCAUAACCAGAAAAAGCAGGAGAAAAAAAAUAAACAUCAGGUAAUUAUAAUGAUGAACAUAGAUUUAAAAUAAGAUGAAAUUAAACAAUAAGCUGUAAAAGAAUAACCAAUAGUUCAACCUUAAAAAUAGCAAUAAUAGCCAUCUUAACACAAUGUACCAUAAAAAUCAUCACAACCAAUAUAAAGUUCUACCUUAAAGGAUUAACAAGCAAAAUAAUCUUAAACUUAACCAAUAGUCUAAGUUUAACAAAAGAUUCAAAAUUAAGUUUAAAAUUAAUAAAAUCAAAAAAUGACUAAUCAAGAAACAACCUAAACUUCUAAUGAAAAUAGUAAGCUUUAAAGUAAAUUACAAAAAAAAUAAAAAAAAAAGAUUGAGGAAGAAUAAAAUGAAGAAGAAGAAGGAUGGAUAUCUGUGGAACCAAAAUAAGUUAAAAUUAUGUAAUAAUUGAGUUUAAUAUUUAGAUAAAAAGAAGAUGAUUCAAAUUAAUAAGAAGCACAAGAAAAUAAAUAAUAAAGAAAAAAGGGUUUAUUUACAAAGGAAGAAUAUUAAUAAUUAAAAGAAGAAGCUAAAAAAAUAGAAGAAGCUUAUUCUAUAAGAAUACAAUAAAUAGAAGAGAUUCAUAGAGCAAAGGUAAUCUCAAAACUAACUUAAUAUGAAGUUAAAAAUGCUGAUUAAUUGUUUAAAACUUAAUAUGUUGCUGCUCCUCCAAAAAUAGAAUAUAAAAUGCCUGAAGUUUAGCCAAAGUUUUUGAAAAGGGAAGAGAUAGAUUAAUUAGUCUAAGCUAAAAUGCCAAAAACUAGAGUAGCUGGCUCAAAUGAAGUUUUUGUGGAAAAAUCAGAACCUCUUGCCUUCUAAAAUGUUAAAUAAUCAGAAAUUAAAAAAACAACAUUUAAAUCAAAAAUUAAUUUCUCUAAACCAAUCCCAUAAGAAAAUAAGGAGUAGAAAUUAUUUACUGAUCCCCCUAUAACCUUUGAAACAAAUAAAGACCCUUCUAAAUCUUUCUUCUCAACUUAAGUUAUUCUAACUGUUAACACAAUUGGGAAAGAUCUUUUUGGAAGAGUUAAGAGAUACAGAAGACCAAUAUUAGAAAAAAAAUAAUCUGACUAAAAAUAAAAGGAAAUUUAUUAAGUUAAAGAUUAUGAAUUUUAAGAAAAAUAAAAUAAUUAAUAAGAGCUCUAAUAAACAAUUAUAAAUUUAAAUGAAAAACAAAACAAGGAAAAGUCAGUAAAUAUUAAUGAUAACUAAAGUUCACAAAAAUUAGAACAAAAAACUUUGGAUAAGUAAAAAAAUGUAAUAAAAGAAACAACAAUAUAAAACAAAUCAGAAAUUCAAGAUUAGAAAAUUGAAAGCUCAAAUUCAAAAAAACUUUAAGUAAGAUUUUAGGAAAAACCUCUUUAUGAACCUAAAAUGUAGUAACCAGAAGUUGUCUAAAAGGAAAAAGUUUGCAAUACCCCUCAAAAUGAAGAUGCCUUUGAAUAAAAUUAAAAAUUGAAUUAAAAGUAAAAAAGAACCUAAAAAUAAUAAUAUCGCUAACAAAGAGAUUUAUAUGAAAUCAAAUAACCCCAACAACAAAAUUAAUAAAGUGUUUAAAAACAAACAAUAUAAUCCUCAUCUAAUGAACUAUAUGUACAAAAAAAUAAAGAAUAAAUGAACACGAAAAUAGAUAAUGAACUAAAUGAGAAUAAAAUUCAAAAUUAAGAUGACAAAAAAAAAUAAGAAAUAAGUUUAUAAAUGAAUAAUGAAUAGGAAACAAAUAUAUUAUAGGAUAUUAUUUAUGAGCCAUAAUUUAAUUUUUAAAGUGCUAAUCUAGAAGAAUAGAUAGAGCUUUAAAGUGGUAACAUUGAUCAGAAUGUACAGAAUAACGAAUAAGAUGAUUAAGUAACUAUAAUGAAUAUCUUAAAAGAUGAAAAUAAUAAUUAAUCUAUAUAAUAAUAAUUAUAAGAAUAAUAAAUAGCAUCUAAAGAAUAGUUUUAGAAAGAAAAAUAAAUAAAAAAUAUUAAUGAGGAAAAACUAAUUGUAAAUUAAGAAGAUUAAAAAUAAUAAUAAAAAGUAGAGCAAAUAGUAAUUUAAGAUUCUUAUUAAGCAUAAUUAGAAAACGAGGAAGAAGUCAAUGUUAAUGAUGUUAAACCAGUUGAAAUUUAAGAAGAUUAAUAAUAAUAAUUAUAAGAAGAACAAAUCGUUAUUUAAGAUUCUUAUUAACCAUAAUUAGAAAAUGAGGAAGAAGUCAAUGUUAAUAAUGUUAAACCAGUUGAAAAUUAAGAAGAUUAAUAAUAAUAAUUAUAAGAAGAACAAAUAGUUAUUUAAGAUUCUUAUUAACCAUAAUUAGAAAAUGAGGAAGAAGUCAAUGUUAAUAAUGUUAAACCAGUUGAAAAUUAAGAAGAUUAAUAAUAAUAAUUAUAAGAAGAACAAAUAGUUAUUUAAGAUUCUUAUUAACCAUAAUUAGAAAAUGAGGAAGAAGUCAAUGUUAAUAAUGUUAAACCAGUUGAAAAUUAAGAAGAUUAAUAAUAAUAAUUAUAAGAAGAACAAAUAGUUAUUUAAGAUUCUUAUUAACCAUAAUUAGAAAAUGAGGAAGAAGUCAAUGUUAAUAAUGUUAAACCAGUUGAAAAUUAAGAAGAUUAAUAAUAAUAAUUAUAAGAAGAACAAAUAGUUAUUUAAGAUUCUUAUUAACCAUAAUUAGAAAAUGAGGAAGAAGUCAAUGUUAAUAAUGUUAAACCAGUUGAAAAUUAAGAAGAUUAAUAAUAAUAAUUAUAAGAAGAACAAAUAGUUAUUUAAGAUUCUUAUUAACCAUAAUUAGAAAAUGAGGAAGAAGUCAAUGUUAAUAAUGUUAAACCAGUUGAAAAUUAAGAAGAUUAAUAAUAAUAAUUAUAAGAAGAACAAAUAGUUAUUUAAGAUUCUUAUUAACCAUAAUUAGAAAAUGAGGAAGAAGUCAAUGUUAAUAAUGUUAAACCAGUUGAAAAUUAAGAAGAUUAAUAAUAAUAAUUAUAAGAAGAACAAAUAGUUAUUUAAGAUUCUUAUUAACCAUAAUUAGAAAAUGAGGAAGAAGUCAAUGUUAAUAAUGUUAAACCAGUUGAAAAUUAAGAAGAUUAAUAAUAAUAAUUAUAAGAAGAACAAAUAGUUAUUUAAGAUUCUUAUUAACCAUAAUUAGAAAAUGAGGAAGAAGUCAAUGUUAAUAAUGUUAAACCAGUUGAAAAUUAAGAAGAUUAAUAAUAAUAAUUAUAAGAAGAACAAAUCGUUAUUUAAGAUUCUUAUUAACCAUAAUUAGAAAAUGAGGAAGAAGUCAAUGUUAAUAAUGUUAAACCAGUUGAAAAUUAAGAAGAUUAAUAAUAAUAAUUAUAAGAAGAACAAAUCGUUAUUUAAGAUUCUUAUUAACCAUAAUUAGAAAAUGAGGAAGAAGUCAAUGUUAAUAAUGUUAAACCAGUUGAAAAUUAAGAAGAUUAAUAAUAAUAAUUAUAAGAAGAACAAAUCGUUAUUUAAGAUUCUUAUUAACCAUAAUUAGAAAAUGAGGAAGAAGUCAAUGUUAAUAAUGUUAAACCAGUUGAAAAUUAAGAAGAUUAAUAAUAAUAAUUAUAAGAAGAACAAAUCGUUAUUUAAGAUUCUUAUUAACCAUAAUUAGAAAAUGAGGAAGAAGUCAAUGUUAAUAAUGUUAAACCAGUUGAAAAUUAAGAAGAUUAAUAAUAAUAAUUAUAAGAAGAACAAAUCGUUAUUUAAGAUUCUUAUUAACCAUAAUUAGAAAAUGAGGAAGAAGUCAAUGUUAAUAAUGUUAAACCAGUUGAAAAUUAAGAAGAUUAAUAAUAAUAAUUAUAAGAAGAACAAAUCGUUAUUUAAGAUUCUUAUUAACCAUAAUUAGAAAAUGAGGAAGAAGUCAAUGUUAAUAAUGUUAAACCAGUUGAAAAUUAAGAAGAUUAAUAAUAAUAAUUAUAAGAAGAACAAAUCGUUAUUUAAGAUUCUUAUUAAGCAUAAUUAGAAAACGAGGAAGAAGUCAUUGUUAAUAAUGUUAAACCAGUUGAAAAUUAAGAAGAUUUAUAAUAAUAAUUAUAAGAAGAACAAAUCGUUAUUUAAGAUUCUUAUUAACCAUAAUUAGAAAAUGAGGAAGAAGUCAAUGUUAAUAAUGUUAAACCAGUUGAAAAUUAAGAAAAUUAAAACACUUAAUAAUUAUUAUAAUAAGAUAUUGAUAAUGAUGUAGAAAUUAUUUAAAAAGAAGAAAUUAUUUAAGUCUAAAACGAUAGUACUGAAUUCAUUCCAGCCCCAUAAUAAACAUCUUUACUUCACGAUCCUGUUUCAAUUUAAAAUUUUAGUUUUAAAGUUGACGCUCCAAGUCCUAUUGAUAAAGUAUAACCAAAAAAUUCUAUCUCAAAUGCUCUCUAAAAUGAAUUUUCCUAAGAAGUUAAAGAUGAUUCUUCAUUUUUAGCUGAAAUUGAUUAAAAGUAGAAAGUCUUACCUGGAUAUUUAGAUUUAACCUUUAAUAGUAGAAAAAACUUAAUUCAUAAAAAUAUACCAGUUUUAUAUAGAACAGAUCCUGGAAAUGAAAAUAUUUUAGAAUUAGAGACUAUGCAUCUAAUUUUAGAUGGAUGCAAAGAAAUAAUUGCUGAUGAGUAUGUAAAUUAUUUAGAAAAUGUGAGAAAAAAUAGAAGAAAUUUAUUAAGCUAAAAAAAGUUUAAUGAUUACAUAUCAAUUGUUUUAUAGAUGGCUGAGGAGUAAUUUAGGAUAAUACAGGAUGGAUUUAAUUUUAUUGCAUAGAGUUUAAAUAUAAAUGAGGAAUCAUUUUAAAGCUCUUUUGUAUUUUAUUCACAACAUGAGGAGUAUGGAAAAGAAUUCGUAGAAUAAUUAACUUUUGUUUAAUAAAAUAUGAAAGAUAUUCCUUAGAUCAAGGUUUCGUUAAGAAAACAAUAAGGACUUGAGUUGAUGAAAUACCAGAUAAAUGUUAUAGAAAAUUAUACAAAACAUGAAUAUUUUGGUGAAAUUUUAUAAUUGUUUAAUGUAAUUUUUAAACUAAUAUAUUUAGGAAAUGGAAGAUGUUUAAGAAGCUGUUCCAGUACUACUAAAUACUUUGAUUGAUGACAUAAUCUUCGAAAAGUAUGGCUAUGAGGAAGAGGAUAAAAUAUAUUUCAUGAGUAAAAUAUUAGUAAUAUAUUUAGAAAAAUUUUAUAAAGAUAAUGAAGUUAAGAAUUUGCAAGAGAAAUUAGAAAAUUUGGUUGAAACUUUGUUCAAUGUUUAAUUGUAAUGAUUAUUUUACAUUUAGAAAUAUUAUAUUAAAAAUUAUUAGAGUUAUGAAUUUUAAUAUAAAUAAUUAUUCAUCAUACUCAUAGUANUUAGAAAACGAGGAAGAAGUCAUUGUUAAUAAUGUUAAACCAGUUGAAAAUUAAGAAGAUUUAUAAUAAUAAUUAUAAGAAGAACAAAUCGUUAUUUAAGAUUCUUAUUAACCAUAAUUAGAAAAUGAGGAAGAAGUCAAUGUUAAUAAUGUUAAACCAGUUGAAAAUUAAGAAAAUUAAAACACUUAAUAAUUAUUAUAAUAAGAUAUUGAUAAUGAUGUAGAAAUUAUUUAAAAAGAAGAAAUUAUUUAAGUCUAAAACGAUAGUACUGAAUUCAUUCCAGCCCCAUAAUAAACAUCUUUACUUCACGAUCCUGUUUCAAUUUAAAAUUUUAGUUUUAAAGUUGACGCUCCAAGUCCUAUUGAUAAAGUAUAACCAAAAAAUUCUAUCUCAAAUGCUCUCUAAAAUGAAUUUUCCUAAGAAGUUAAAGAUGAUUCUUCAUUUUUAGCUGAAAUUGAUUAAAAGUAGAAAGUCUUACCUGGAUAUUUAGAUUUAACCUUUAAUAGUAGAAAAAACUUAAUUCAUAAAAAUAUACCAGUUUUAUAUAGAACAGAUCCUGGAAAUGAAAAUAUUUUAGAAUUAGAGACUAUGCAUCUAAUUUUAGAUGGAUGCAAAGAAAUAAUUGCUGAUGAGUAUGUAAAUUAUUUAGAAAAUGUGAGAAAAAAUAGAAGAAAUUUAUUAAGCUAAAAAAAGUUUAAUGAUUACAUAUCAAUUGUUUUAUAGAUGGCUGAGGAGUAAUUUAGGAUAAUACAGGAUGGAUUUAAUUUUAUUGCAUAGAGUUUAAAUAUAAAUGAGGAAUCAUUUUAAAGCUCUUUUGUAUUUUAUUCACAACAUGAGGAGUAUGGAAAAGAAUUCGUAGAAUAAUUAACUUUUGUUUAAUAAAAUAUGAAAGAUAUUCCUUAGAUCAAGGUUUCGUUAAGAAAACAAUAAGGACUUGAGUUGAUGAAAUACCAGAUAAAUGUUAUAGAAAAUUAUACAAAACAUGAAUAUUUUGGUGAAAUUUUAUAAUUGUUUAAUGUAAUUUUUAAACUAAUAUAUUUAGGAAAUGGAAGAUGUUUAAGAAGCUGUUCCAGUACUACUAAAUACUUUGAUUGAUGACAUAAUCUUCGAAAAGUAUGGCUAUGAGGAAGAGGAUAAAAUAUAUUUCAUGAGUAAAAUAUUAGUAAUAUAUUUAGAAAAAUUUUAUAAAGAUAAUGAAGUUAAGAAUUUGCAAGAGAAAUUAGAAAAUUUGGUUGAAACUUUGUUCAAUGUUUAAUUGUAAUGA